AUGCAUCCCAUAUUCGAGGACCUGAAGCGGUCUCUGGUGAGCAUCUCCAUGCAUGCCCUGCACACCGAAGCCAACCGGCCAGAAUGUCUGCGUCUGGCACGGUAUGUGGCCAAGGUGUCCCUCAUAUUCACUGAGCUGGAGAUGCAUGCUGCCUAUGACGAGCUCCUUGGAGGGGAACAGUCGCUGCUGGCUGCUCUGGACGAGCUGGGCGACGCCAUCCGCCAGGCAGAUGCGCUGAUCAGCCGGUGCCAGGAGGGAGAGGCCGGCAGCGUCUGGCCCCUCGAGGACUCUGCCGACUUUCAAGCCGUGGCAUGGUCGCUGCACGCCGGGAUGCAGGGACUGGAGGCUGUGAAGAGUCAUCACAUUCCACGCGACGUUCGCUCAGACAUCGAGCACUUCCGGCAGCAGCUCGCAUCCCUGAACUUUUCCGCCAAAGAGAUGGAGGCCUCCAAUGAUAGGGAAGCUGCGCACACAUUCGAGCGGGGCACGAGCCAGGAGAACUUGAGCACAAGCGAAACCAGCAACGUCGCCGCGGCCGUCAAGGCACUGGAGGGGGAGGGUUUGACCCCGGACCACGCACCAGAUAGCGCCAGCCCCAGCCCCAGCAGCCCAGGCCUCUUCCCGCAGCUUGCGCCUGUGCAAGCCAAACCGGCCUCCCCGCUGCCGGAGGACCCCUUCAACAUGACGCCGCACAGCCUGGAGAGAUCCACCCUGUCCCAGCUCGAGGACCUCAAGGAUGGCAGCAAUGGAGUUCCAGCUGCCCCAAUCGCCCUGCUAGAGGGGACGCAGAGCCUGCUGCCGGUGGGUGGUGAAUGGUCCUGA